GUGUGCCACAGUGUCAGCGUCACUCUUAUGGUGGCUGAGCUUUCUCCCUCUAAUUUUGGCGUUAAUUUUCCCAAUCGCGCACACACUGCUACGACAGUUACACUCCUUACUCGGUCAAGCCCCGGCAAAUCGUAACGGUCAUAUUUGAUUAUUUUCCAUUCCCAUUUUUCAACCUUCCUCGUCACAUUGAAUUCUGUUCAAUACUUCAUGGAGCUUCUUCUUCGUUUUUUCAUGCCAUUUUUAGGGUUCUGCGACUCAGCGUGAAUUCCAAUUAUGAAUUUCGUGUUUCGAAUUUGAGUAUUAUUGAUAAUUAUGGAAUAGUAUUAAUGUUACUACAAUUUUAGUAUUUGGAAUUUGGAAUAAGUAAGAACAAUGGUGGCUGCAAUUUCUACGGCGAUAAACCCCAAGCGACGGCAGACGCCAACUCCAAGAAGAACUCCUCUGUUACCUUCUGAAUCGGACAAUGCACUCGCUCCACCACGCAGGCCCAAAGCACGAGAAGUUACUUCUCGCUACAUGUCUUCUUCUUCGUCUUCGUCUUCCUCUGUUUCGUCUCCUCCGAGACGAUGCCAAUCGCCGCUGGUGGUGACAAGGACGGUGAAUUCCGCAAAAACGAAGCAAACGCCGACGCCGACUCCGACUCCGACGCCGUUUGCGAAGCGGUCACAGUCGGCGGAACGCCGGCGACAAGGAACUCCUCGACCUACGACGGAAGCUCCGGCGGCUCAGAAAGUGCUCUUCACUUCCACCAGGAGCUUGUCCGUCUCGUUCCAGGGCGAGUCGUUCCCGAUCCAGGUUAGAACGACGAAACCGCCGCCGCCGUCACAGAGUUUCCGGAAGAGCACGCCUGAGAGGAGGAAGGCCGCGACAACGACGACGCCAACGCCGGUGAGAAACGGAAAUUCGGAUCACACCGAGAAUGCGAGGUCAUUAGAUCGGCACCGGUGGCCGGCAAAAUCGCAAUAUGCUGAUUCCACCGCGCGAAAACAAACUGACGCGCCGGCGAGCGUGGCUAGGUCGUUGCAGAAUGUCAUGGCGGACGUUCGAGGUUCUCUCGACGCGACGACGUUGAGAUCGGAGAGCUACAAAACUAACGGAUCUGAGUUUCAGCACGAGGCUGAGUCUAUUGCUUCUGAUACCGAAAGCGUAACUUCUGGAAGUUCCUCUGGAGAAGGAAUUCGAGGUUCUCGAGGACUCGUGGUUCCAGCGAGGUUCUGGCAAGAGCAUAAUAACCGUUUACGGCGCCAAACGGAAACUCCGUCUUCUAGAAACGGCGUAAUUGGAAACAAAGGAACGGUUAGUACUCCUAGUCCUAGACUUCUGGUGCAGAAGAAAACGGCGUUGGAUUGUCCUGUUUCGUCGCCACGUGGAGUUCUGAAUAGCCGUGCUCUUCAAGGUUCUCCGAUCCGUUCCGCGGUGCGUCCUGCGUCUCCGAGUAAGCUAGCGACGCCGUCACUGUGGUCUCCUUCGAGAGGAGUGAGUCCGUCACGAGCGCAAAACGGCGUCGUCAGUGGCUUGAGUAGUAGGUUCGGUGGUGGUAGUGAACCUUCUGUUUUGAGCUUCGCUGUUGAUGUUUCGAGGGGGAAGGUAGCGGAGAACCGGAUCUUUGAUGCGCAUUUAUUGAGACUCUUCCAUAACAGACUCCUUCAGUGGCGUUUUGUUAACGCCAGAGCUGAUGCUGCUCUCUCUGCGCAGACAUUGAAUGCGGAGAAAAGCCUCUAUGAUGCAUGGAUUGCUAUGUCGAAUCUACGAGAAUCCGUUAGAGCCAAAAGAGCAGAGUUUCAGUUGCUGAAGCAACAAUUUAAGUUAAUAUCCAUCCUGAAGGAUCAAAUGGUAUAUUUGGAAGAUUGGGCUACUUUGGAUCGGUUGUACUCUAGUUCACUUUCAGGAGCUACUGAAGCCCUAAGGGCUAGCACUCUUCGACUUCCUGUUGUUGGUGGGGCCAAGACAGAUUUGCUAAAUUUGAAGGAUGCAAUUAGCUCAGCAAUGGAUGUGAUGCAGGCAAUGGCAUCCUCCAUAUGCCUAUUGUCACCAAAGGUUGGGCAAUUAAAUUCGCUGGUUGUUGAAGUUGCCAACUUAAGUGCGAAGGAGCGUGUUUUGCUUGAAGAGUGCAGAGACCUUUUGUCAGCGAUUACAACUAUGCAGGUUAGAGAGUGUAGCCUGAGAACGCAUGUUGCUCAACUGAAAUGCCAACCCAGAAGUACUACAGUGAAAGUAACAAGCAAAUAAUACACUGUCUGACCACCCGUGCUUACUUUCAUUGCUAACUCAUAACAUAGAAAUGGUUAUUUCGGCCUUGAAUUCAAUACAUGAAACCAUCAUUAUUGAUUGAGAAGAGCUAGUUAGUAUGAAAAAGCAUAAAAAAACUACAGAUAGCACAAAUAUCCUGGUCAAACAGGAUUUUUCCUCAAAUUGUACAUAGAAAUUUGUAACAAGUAGUUGCUCUCUGAUUGGUUACACCAGUGAGGGUUGAAAUUUGUCUUUUGGGAGUUUUUAUACAAUUUUUUUUUUCUAUAAAAAAGAAAAUCCUUGUCAUUUGUCUUUUUUGUUAAAGGAUGUAUAUAAACUGUGUAGCAUUUUUUUUUUAUUUUAGUUGUUUUUUUGUUUUA